AGUAAGAACGUAGAGGAACAGGGUAUCCGAACAUGGCGUCCGGCGCGGAGAGUGAAAGUUUGGAGAAUAAACGCAAGUUAAAGGCAGAUGAAGGUGAAGAUGAGGAGGAGGACGCGUGGGUCGGACCGCUGCCUACUGAAGCUGCUCCGGCUAAGAAGCGGAAAGUACUGGAGUAUGAGAGAGUUUACCUGGACAAUCUGCCUUCUGCUGCCAUGUACGAGCGGAGCUACAUGCACCGUGAUGUCAUUACCCACCUCGCCUGCACCAAGACGGAUUUCCUGAUAACGGCAAGUCAGGAUGGACACGUCAAGUUCUGGAAGAAGAAAGAAGACGAAGGGAUCGAGUUUGUGAAGCACUUUCGCAGCCACCUGGGUGUGAUCGAGUGUAUUUCGGUCAGUGCUGAAGGAGCACUCCUGUGCACUGUGGGGGAUGAUCGGGCCAUGAAGGUGUUUGAUGUGGUGAAUUUCGACAUGAUCAACAUGCUGAAGCUGGGGUUCCACCCUGGUCAGUGUGAGUGGAUCUAUAACCCCGGAGACGCCAUCAGCACAGUGGCCUGCUCUGAGAAGUCCUGUGGGAGGAUCCACGUGUAUGACGGCCGGGGCAGCAACACACCGCUGCACACCUUCGACAAGCUGCACUCGGCUCCUCUGUGUCAUAUCCGGCUGAACCCGCGCUUCCGUGUCAUCGUGUCGGCCGACAGAGCCGGGAUGCUGGAGUACUGGACUGGACUCCCGAGUGAGUUCAAAUUCCCCAGGCAGGUGGAGUGGGAGUAUAAAACCGACACAGACCUGUACGAGUUCGCCAAGUGUAAAACCUUUCCCACCAGCCUGGCCUUCUCACACGACGGGAAGAAGAUGGCCGCCAUCGCCGCCGACCGCAAAGUCCGCAUCUUCCGCUUCCUGACCGGGAAACUCGCCCGCGUAUUCGACGAGUCGCUGACCAUGUUCACAGAGCUGCAGCAGAUGAGGCAGCAGCUACCGGACAUGGAGUUUGGCCGCAGGAUGGCGGUGGAGAGAGAGCUGGAGAAAGUGGACGCUAUUCGACUGACCAACAUUAUCUUCGACGAGACGGGACACUUUGUUCUCUAUGGAACCAUGCUGGGCAUCAAGGUCAUCAACGUGGAGACCAACCGGUGUGUGAGGAUUUUGGGGAAACAGGAGAACAUCCGUGUGGUGCAGCUAAGUCUCUUCCAGGGCGUGGCUAAGACUCUGAAGGCGGCACCAACCAUCGAGAUGAAGGCGUCUGAUAAUCCCGCCCUCCAGAGUACCGAACCCGACCCCACCAUCUUCUGCACCGCCUUCAAAAAGAACCGCUUCUACAUGUUCACAAAGCGAGAGCCAGAGGACACCAAGAGCGCCGACUCGGACAGAGACGUCUUCAAUGAGAAGCCGUCCAAAGAAGAGGUGAUGGCCGCCACGCAGGCAGAAGGCCCGAAGAGGGUCUCGGACAGCGCCAUCAUCCACACCACUAUGGGAGACAUCCACCUAAAGCUGUGUCCUGUGGAGUGCCCCAAAACUGUGGAGAAUUUCUGUGUUCACAGCAGGAACGGCUACUACAACGGCCACGUAUUUCAUCGCGUCAUCAAGGGGUUCAUGAUCCAGACCGGAGACCCCACAGGAACAGGGAUGGGAGGAGAGAGCAUCUGGGGCGGAGAGUUCGAGGAUGAGUUUCACUUCAGUCUGAGACACGACCGGCCGUACACACUCAGCAUGGCCAACGCUGGACCAGGAACCAACGGCUCCCAGUUUUUCAUCACAGUGGUGCCCACGCCAUGGCUCGACAACAAGCACACAGUUUUCGGGCGAACCACCAAAGGCAUGGAGGUGGUGCAGAGGAUCUCCAACGUCAAGGUCAACCCAAAGACAGACAAACCAUACGAGGACAUCAGCAUCAUCAACAUCACCAUCAAGUAGAACAUGCGCGCACAGACUGACUGUCCUGGUCCUGAUUUUGUAUUAUAUUAUUAAUAAAGAUCUUUUUUUUUAA